AAAAAGAAAUAUUCUAACCAUUCCAAAUGUAAAUGAUGCGAGUGUACAUGUAGUAACCAUUCCAAAUGUAAAUGAUGCGAGUGUACAUGUAGUAUCAUCAUCCGGAAUGUCUAUGUAUAGUGCUUCUACAUCUGAAAGACCAUUAUAUACUUCUGGG